UUGGAACCGGCAGAGGUAGAGAAGGGAACAGGGAGCAGACCGGAGUCGAACCCGGGUUUCACGAAUGGAAGGCGCCGCAAACCAGCACGAGCUAAUGACAAGCAGAUAAAACAGAACGUUUCAGAGCCGGAGAGCGACACUCCUGAGCUUUUUCUGUGAGCUGAUCCCUGUGCUGACCUGAGCGGCCGUGUGCUGACCUGAGCGGCCGUGUGCUGACGGGAGGAAGGCGGCUGGAUCACCACCACAGCAGCUUGGAAAGGUGCCUCCACACUUCAAUCAGUCUGACUGCUUUAAAGAAAACUACAAUGGCUGACCGGUUUGACUGUGACAACUGCAAAGAGUCCCUGUAUGGCCGCAAGUACAUCCAGUCGAAUGACAGCCCCUACUGUAUCCCCUGCUACGACAGCCUGUUUUCAAACACAUGUGACGAAUGCAAGGAGCUAAUUGGCCAUGAUGCAAGGGAGCUCUUCUACGAGGACAGGCAUUACCACGAGCACUGCUUCCGCUGUUUCCGCUGCGAUCGCUCGUUGGCUGAUGAGCCAUUUACCAGCCAAGAUAAUGCUUUGCUGUGCAAUGACUGCUACUGCAAUGAAUUUUCCUCCAAGUGUGUAGCCUGUGACAAGAUAGUCAUGCCAGGUACAAGAAAGCUGGAAUAUGCUGGCUCUACAUGGCACGAGGGCUGCUUCAUCUGCCACAGCUGUGAACAGCCUAUUGGCUCCAAGUCCUUCAUCCCUGACAAAGACGAGCAUUACUGCGUACCUUGUUAUGAGGACAAGUUUGCUCCACGGUGCACGCGCUGUAAAAAGGCUUUGUCUAAAGGUGGUGUGACCUAUCGGGAUGAGCCUUGGCACAAGGAGUGUUUUGUCUGCACCAGCUGUGAGACCCAGCUAGCUGGUCAGCACUUCACCUCCAGAGAUGAAAGCCCUUACUGCCUCAAGUGUUUCAGCAGCCUAUAUGCCAAGAAAUGUGAGGCCUGCUGCAAACCGAUUACAGGUUUCGGUGGAGGGAAGUACAUCUCGUUUGAGGAUCGUCAGUGGCAUCAAUCAUGUUUCACCUGCUCUCAGUGCUCCGUCUCACUUGUGGGUGCUGGUUUCUUCCCAAAUGGCGACAGGAUCCUGUGCCGUGAUUGCAACAGCAACCUAUAGAGCUUCCCUUUGCUCUAGUCCCAUCCCACCUUCAUCCUUAUUUUUUUACUUUCCAGCACACAGGAAGGUAACACGGGCUAUCAAAGGCUGCCUCAGGUCGUUUUUAUGAAAAGACUUGUUUCUGUGUAAGAUUUUUCUUCUGGAGCGAGCAAAGCUGCUGCAUUGAUUGCAUGAACCGCAACCAAGUUUCUUUUAUUAACCAGAAAGUUAAUAAUUUAGUUUAUGGAGUGCCCAAUUAACACAUGUAUGCUACAAAAUGCUAAAGCAAAGAACUUAAAGUUGUUUGAGACUUUGUCAAAGAUGAAAAUGUCACCUCAGGUACAGGUCGAACUGAGGAAUGAACAAAGAAAACCGUGCAGUACAGUUUAUGAGCCCAGAAUUCUGACAUAAAAAGGGGGUGAAGCUAGUGUUUUUCCCCUCUAAAAGCUGCAGUUGUAUGCAUUUGGAAUGCUACUUUUCCUCACAUCUUUUAUCUUUACUAUUUCUGACUUUUUACAUGUUGGAAAAAGUUUUUGUAUAUAACGUGGCAUGUAAAAUGUGGCAAAAAUUCAGCAUAUUAAUAUGAAUUAAAAUAUUAAAGCGGCCAAUGACAAGUACAAGUACGUCGACUUUGGUUUUUGGUAAAAUAAUGCACUUUGGAAAAUGUUGCUCUUUUGUCACCAUGUUUUCUGCACAUAAAAUCACAAAAUCACAAAGCAAGACACACAUUUUAGUUAUUCUUUUCAUUUAUCUCCCAAUACUGAACUUCACAGUUAUGCUUACUUCACACAGUCUCACCUUUGUUUUGCUUUGUUUUUUCCUUUUUUAAAAACAUUUUUUUUCCAAUUCUUUAGCACCAGCAUUUAUAACCCUAAAGAACGCACACCUAAUGUGCCUUGCAAAAAUGUGCAUGUCAGUAAAUAUUUUGUUGUUGUCAGUGUUCAUCAUGUACAUGUACAAAACUAUAAGAAAUAUUAAGAAUUUGUUUAUUUUGGCUUUGAUGCAGGUGAGUCAAAGUUGUCAGAUAUACUUUAUAAGAUGUAAAGUAGCCCCCCAUGAAAACAAACCUAUGGUAUUAUUGUAAAUCAGUUGAUGACUGAAAGAGCUGAAUGGCUACUUCUUUUUCAAAGUCUUAUUAAUAAAUACAUUGACACUGAC